UCGCUAUUUGUGCGCUCGCCUCGAUGUAAGCGCAACGUAUUUACGAGUACGUCAAUAUUAUUAUGUUUCGCGCAUAUUAAAAAAAAACAGUAAAAUAAUAAAAGUGGAAGUUAAAUAAACCGAAAUAAACUUACACGAUGGCUGCUAAGGAACCUGGGAAACUACCAUAUCCCAAGUCAGUGGGAUUCAUCGUCACAAAUGAAUUCUGCGAGAGAUUUUCAUAUUAUGGAAUUAGAACGGUACUAUCCUUAUACCUCCGUGACAAACUGGGUUACACAGAUGACAACGCUACGGUGAUUUAUCAUGUUUUUGUGAUGUUUGCAUACUUUUUUCCACUAAUCGGCGCUAUGAUCGCUGAUGGAUGGUUGGGACGAUUUAGGACAAUAUUUUACCUGUCUCUGGUGUACGCUGCUGGGAGCAUUCUCCUAUCUGUUACCGCGAUGCCACCCGUUAGUUUACCGCCAUUAGAAUUUACAAUCCUCGCUCUGCUGUUAAUAGCAUUCGGAACAGGUGGAAUAAAACCCUGUGUUUCCGCUUUUGGUGGAGAUCAGUUCAAGUUGCCAGAACAAGAGAAAUACUUGGGAUACUUCUUCUCCCUCUUCUACUUUUCCAUAAACGCGGGUAGUUUGAUAUCGACGUUCCUCACACCGAUUCUGAGAGCUGAUGUUAAAUGUUUCGGAGAAAAUAGCUGCUACUCGUUAGCGUUUGGCGUUCCCGGGGUUCUUAUGAUCAUUUCCAUCGUUUUUUUCGUGGCUGGCAAAAGACUGUACAUUAUAAAAAAUCCAUCUGGUAACGUGUUGGGAAAAGUUUCUACUUGCAUUGGUCACGCCAUUAUGAAUUCCUGGAAGUCGAAGCAGAAAAGGGAGCACUGGUUGGACCACGCUGAUGAUAAGUAUGACUCUAAUCUAAUAGAAGAUAUAAAAUCUCUUCUAAGAGUGCUCGUACUAUUCUUGCCGCUACCAGUCUUCUGGGCUCUAUUUGAUCAACAAGGUUCAAGGUGGACGUUCCAAGCAGAUAGAAUGGAACAAGAUAUUGGAAGUUGGACAUUGAAAGCCGAUCAGAUGCAAGUUAUCAACCCAUUUUUAAUUUUACUUUUCAUUCCAUUGUUUGAAGUGGCUAUUUACCCCUUCAUGACGUAUUGCAAGCUGAUCAAGAAACCGUUGCAUAAAAUGAUCUGGGGUGGAAUUUUAGCCGCUGGUGCAUUUAUAAUAUCUGGAGUUGUUGAACUUAAUUUGUUGCCUACUUAUGGUACACCUGUAACGAGUGGAUUGGCACAAUUGAGAGUUUACAACGGACAAAAUUGUAACUUUGCUUUGAAUAUGCAUAACCCAUACACCAAUACUACGGAAAAUGCAACUGUUGGACCUUUAGGAGUAUACGAAAAACUCGAUAUUGAGGCAAAGCAGUUGAUUGAAAUGUCUUAUACCCUGCAUGGAUCUGAUAGUUCUUGCGAGAACGUAACUUUCAAUGGACAUUUCCACUUGUUGGAGAAAAAAGCAAAUUCUUAUUUUAUAACCGACAAAAGUGUCUAUAGUUUUAUCGAUAAUAACAAUAAAGCCAUUGAUGGUGUCAGUGUGAGAUUUUUAUCAAAUGUAAACACAUCGGCAACCAUAACUGUGCUUGAUCAUAAAAAGAAUAGAACAACAUUAUCAUUAACAACUGAUGACACAUUACAAAGAACUAUAGCGAAAGGACAAUACGCUGUAUUAAUUAAUGGAAUCGUGGUGUUUGAAGAUUUCAACUUUAAAGCUGGUGCAGUCUACACAAUAAAUGUGUUUGAAGCAAAUAAUGGAAAUUAUAUGGCGAACGCGGUUACUAUAACUCCUCCGAACAGUGUCCAUAUACUAUGGCUAAUACCUCAAUACGUUAUAUUAACAAUGGGAGAGGUGAUGUUCUCGGUAACAGGACUAGAGUUCUCAUUUACCCAGGCCCCUGCCAGCAUGAAAUCAGUAUUAACAUCAGUAUGGCUACUUACGGUUGCUUUUGGUAAUCUUAUCGUAGUAUUCAUCGUUGAAGGAAACUUUUUGGAUGCUCAAUGGAAGGAGUUUUUCUUAUUCGCUGGAUUGAUGUUACUCGAUAUGUUCAUAUUUAUGCUCAUGGCGUUUAGAUAUAAGUAUGUUGAGUUGAAGUCAAGUGAAGAAAACAAAGCCGUUGAGGAAAUCAGACUGCCUGAUAAGGCUCCAAGUUUACAGCUGAAGGAGAACUAGUUGCCACGUUUCGUACAAUAAUAAAUAAGUUUAAGUGUUAAUUGUAUUGUAAUUUAUUGUAUUAAUAAUAUUAAAUGAUCAAAAAUUGUUACAUUAUCA